AUGAGUUACAAUACAGGGUGGCAGAAUCACCCAAAAUUUUCUUGGACAAGUGGUCAGGGUAGUGAGCAACAAUUUCAACCGAAUCAACCUCAGUAUCCACAUCCCCCUCCUGGGUUUUAUCAAUCACAAAAUAGACCACCACAACAGCAAAUACCUAUGAAGCAACCUGAAGCACAGCCUGAUGUACUGAACCAAUUCAUGACUGAGAUAAGGGCGUUUAGUCAAAAUUUGGAGACUCAAAUUGGUCAGUUGGCUAACCUAAUGACAAAACGUGCUCAAGGGAACUUACCAAGCACUACAGAAGUAAACCCAAAAGUAAAAUGUAAUGCGAUAUCUUUGAGGGGUGGUAAGGAAUUAGAAUAG